AUGUCCCGAGCUCACUCUCCCACCCUCAACAACCGAAACACCGGAAGUUCUAGAAGAUGUGCUGACUCACCUGGAGCUGGACCUACAAUCACGACUGAUAGUAGUGACAGCAGCGAUAACAGCGAAGCAGAGGACGAGUGGCCUAUUAAGAGCAUCCUGCGCGAAACCGAUACACAUUACCUCAUUGACUGGGAGGGUCCUUACGAACCAACUUGGGAACCCAAAGAGAACGCCAGCGAGCUUGCUAUUGAGGUCUGGGAGAAGUGGAAAGCCCGCAAUUCAAGAGCUGGUCCAAUUAUCAUCUCCUCUGAUAGCAGCUUACAACAAGAGGUUCACAGCAGCAGCCCCAGCAGCAACCCCAGUCGCAGUCGCAGCCCCGGCCAAUUUCGGAGUGAAGACGCCAAACCUCUGAGUGAAGAGGGUGAUCGCAGCUCACGAGCGUCCUCGGCAUUGUUUGUAAAGCAGGACGAUCUUCCGGAAAUACUUGAAUCCAUUGAAGCCCACCUCGUCCCAGCUUCAAACCUCGCUCGAGCGUCCCUCGAUUAUUCCUCAGACGACUUACGACCACGACACCGCUCUUCUUCUUUUGAGACUAUAUCCGAAGCUUCUCCGCCCCCCGAGGACCUCCCACCGGCCGAGUGUGAAGAAGUCGCUGCAGGUGAUCCGCUGCAAAACACUCAAGUGCAGGUCCCUACUUCUGAUCUGAAUUCUUUGAUUGCCAGAGAGCCUCCGCACUGGCAAUUCAAUCAUAACAGCACUUUGGCGUCAGUUAUUCCAAAUACACCAGGCACCUACAAAGGUUACAAAGCUAGCGAAGUAGCCGAGACGCCCGCUGGGUCACCAUCUGCGAAAAGCAAUAUCUCGUUUGACACUCCCAAUCUUUACAGUACAUUGAUCUCCCAACCUUUCCCAUCACGUGGUCCAAUUGAAGAAGCGAAAAUUCCAAAACCAAGAUAUUUGGGCACGAUCCCAGAAACAAUCUUCCGUCCUUCACAGCAACGAAAAUUGAGUGGAGAAGUUUUUGAUCAACCGAGCCAUUCAUUUUCUAGCCUUUUCCCUGCACGGUCAUCACGCCAAACGAUGGAUGAAAGAGAGACCAAGCCCCCGCUCGGUGAUCUACCCGGGUCUACUCCAAGAGAAAGAAUUCGCAACGCAUGGGCCCAACUGAACGUAGAACCCCAAUCCGCGGGAACUCAAACGGCCAGUGGAAUUGACACCCCAUCAUCCGUGGGGGAUAUCGAGGCAUCAAUGCCAGUGACGGUCCCUGAAACAACCGCACCACUCAGUGUCAGAGCUGAGGCGAACCCGUUUUCCCACACUGCAGUUCAUCAUGCUCAUUCGUCUCUACUGCCACCGUCGGAGCUAGCCCAUGGUCAUCUAGGUCAACCCUCGAUGCAAACCAUUCAUCCAAGUGCGUUGACGGCCACAGGCACGGAAGAGAUCGUGCCAGGAUCGGUCCUCCUCGGGCCCUCCGAAUUUGCUGUCACUCUUCCAAUGGACUCUCGGGUAAAGGAUGACUAUGAACGAGUGUUGGCAGACGCAGCCACAAGCAUUCGCCGGUUCUUCGUUGGUUUCCAGUCUGAUAGCCAAAUACCAGUUUCUGAGCGGGAACAUCUCCAACAAAAGAUGCGGGAGGUUGUUAUGCAGCUGAACAACGUUUCAACUCAUCCAGACCUUAACAUUGCAAAUCAUCUCAAAGACUCUGAUUCGGACCCUGAGAAGGAGGCAUCCUGGGCCGAAUACUCCAGUGCGAAGUUCCUCUUCCUUGGUCAUCUCAUGGAUGCCGUGGAAACGCAUGAGCUUCAUGUGAUCAUUGCGGUUCAAGACGAGAAGAAACAGGCAGUUAUUGAGCGUUAUCUGCUAGGGAAAGGCUUUGCAUACACCAGACCCCGCGAUGACAUGGGCCGCACUCUGGAAGUAUCCCUGUCGAGGGGGCCACUCAGCUUUGGUAUCCAUUCCAGCGAGAGCGUGCGCGAACUUUACAAGCCACCAUCUGCCAUUUUUGCAUUAGAUGCUUCUUUCAACCCUAAGAGCCCGUCCAUGCAACACAUCCGAACUACCUAUGCCCGAAACGGAAACUUGCUCCCUGUCAUCUGGUUCCUCGUUGCGAACACCAGUGAACACAUCCAACGCUGUUUGCCGGAUUUGCCCGAGCCAGAGCGAUUGCAUUGGCUUGUUCAUUACACUGCCCGUUUUCACGACGAGGUCGGUGAUCUCCAGGAUGAUGCGCUGGGUGUACAUGAGGACGCCGAAGAGAUUCUCACAUACCUCCUGGAUAGUGUUGCCGGCUGGCCACUUGCCACGAUUGAGCCUUUGGCCUUUGUGUCCAAGGAGGAACUGGAGUCGUCAACCCCUUCAUCUGGCUCUUCACUCCCACAGACCCAGAAACGGUCACUAGACGAUGAAAGUGAGGAUCACACGUCAAAGCGCGCACGAGUCGAUACUCAAGACAACAGUCAAUGGACCGAGUCAACGAAGCCUCCAAGCCAAACAUUGUAUAACGAUUUGGAGUCACUGGAGAAAGUUCUCAUCCAGACGAAGCACGCCCACGCGACUGAGAAAGAGCAAUUGCAGACAGAGUUAGCUCAAGUGCGUGCUCAGGCGAAAGAAAUGGAACUGGCAUUCGGCAAACUACAACACCGGUUCGAGACUCGGACCGAACAAGUCCACAUGGUUCGCAAAGAGCGUGAUGCAUUGGCUGCGUACAAAACAACCCUUGAGCAAAACCUCGAAAAGCGGGAGCGGGAGGUAUUCACUUUGAAAGAAGAAAAGAAAGUACUCAGGCAUGAACUUGAAGAAGCCAGAGAAACGAUCAAAGCUGGCGGUGGUAGCGCUGCUGAACUGGAGACAGCACGCGGCGAAAUCCGUCGCCUAACUACGGAAAAUGAGGACCUCAGUCGCAAGGCUACUUACGAAGCGAAACGGUCUGAAUAUACUAGAGAGCAGUAUCAAACUGCAUCUACAGCGGCAGCUCAAUCAGGCAAUGAAAGCCGUCUACUGACAUCCGAAAACGAGGAUUUGAAGCGCAAAGCCGAUCAGAACAAGCUCAAACUUCGCGAACUAAACAUCAAGGACAACACUGCUCGCCAUCUCGCUCGGAACAAAGAGCUGGAAUUGACAUUAGCGGCGCGUGACGAACUCCUACGCAGAAAGGAAGAGGAGCUUCGUGAAAUCCGCAAAAAUCGACCAUCCACCCGCUCAACGAGCACUCAGCCACGAAGCCCUAAGAUCUCCGCCAGCAGUCGUCCAACUAGCCCAGGUGUUGGCCAUAACGGCAAUGGCCACAACGGUGGUCUUCCGGGUAGAGGCAGCGCACUGCGAUUUAGCUCAGAAAUGCGGUUUUGA